UUUUUUGGUACUGUGUCUGUAUUACCGUAUACGAGUAUAUUAAGUGCAUGGUCUAACGUUGCUAUAAUUCACCUACCCUACGAGUAGAGUACAGAUGUGCUUGUACAGUAUAAUAAUGCUUUAAUUUCAGAUCCAUUUUUAAAUAUGAUUGGGUUAAGAUGGGCCGGAACGUUAUUGCUGCCGAUUGUUGAAACAAUUAUUUAGGAUCGUGCGUCAUUUUUUCUAACGAUUAUCGCUGGCUGAUAAUCUAAUUUUAUGCGGAAAAAAAUAUGGGAGAUAAUGAGAUGAAGGCACCUCCUUCACGGUUGCGCCGGUUCUUGUACGCGAAUUACUAUUGUCUUCGAAUGCAGGGAAGACGACUGUGGUGUUAUGGAUUUAUUUUAAUUAUAUUAUCGCUCCUGUCGCUGGCUUUAUUGCGUUCGGGAUGGCUCCAGUUAUUUUAUCAAAAUCCACAUCCGCAAUCAAAUGUGGCACCAGGAUUAAAAGUAGAUUCUGGUGUCAUGCGUAAAUUUGUCGCCAGUGAUCUGCAAAACCGUAAUCCACGGUUGUUUUACAAUCGUGUUCCAAAGUGCGGCAGUUCGACGUUGAAUUCACUCUUGAAAAAUCUAACUGCAAGUAACCCGUUCAUUUAUACAUCCUCACCGCUUCUGGAUGACUGGUUUCUAGCAACACAAGAUAUGCAGAAAUCAUUCGUCCAGCAGUUUAUGAAACUCCCUGUAAAAAGUGUUUUUGAUCGCCACUUAUUUUUUCUCGAUUUUACCAGGUUUGGACAACCAAAUCCGAUUUAUAUAAACAUGAUUCGUGAUCCCACCGAUCGGUUCAUCUCCGAAUUUUACUUCCGGAGAAGGCUCCAGAAAAAAGGCACCGAACAGGGUGAGCGGAAAUGGUACGACGAGGAUUUGGAACAUUGCAUACGGAAAGCCAAAGACUAUGACUGCCGCUUAGUGGACGGCAUGUACAUAAAAAAUAUGAUUGCUUUCUUUUGCGGUCAAGACAUCGAAUGCUCAAACCACAAUAGCAAAUGGGCACUGGAAAAAGCCAAAGAAAAUGUUGAGAAAUUCUUUACGGUGGUCGGUGUUCUUGAAGAUAUCGAUAUUACACUUCGCGUCCUGCAGCAUCAGUUGCCGCAAUACUUUUCGGGUGUUGUGGAACUUUAUAAGGCUAGCCAAGAUCAUGUUAUUAACAAAGGACUGAACCGCAAACAAAAUGUUUCCCAAGAUGUCAAAGAUGUAAUCCGGAAAAAUCUGACGGCGGAGUACGAAUUUUACGAUUUCAUACGCGACAGAUUGCACUUUCAGGCGCAACUGAUAAGAUGAGCCUUUAAAAUUCGAUAUGUUAGACUGUGAUAGGAUUCAAUGAGUUCUCUUCAAGAGACAAUUACCGUUUGUAAAUGCCGGCUUUAUAGAUAUUCACGAUAAAACAAAAGAACAAAUUCAAACCAAUCAAACAAUUAAUGACAAUUAAGAGCCAAAAGGGGAUUUCAAUUCCC